GCCUUCACACUUGAAACAACAGAGGAAAGCCCAUUACUUAAAUCCUAAAUCAGAGUGAACUGUGGUUUGUCAGUUUAACAGCGGCUGUAAUUAUAAUGUUGUGUGUUUAAGGAAGCGGAUUAACAUGAUUAGCAUGUCCGUUUAUUGACAGAGAGCUGUCAUGAUCCAGCUGCUAGCGCAGUUAGCCUAGCAUGAGACGGAGGGGCGCUGUACACCUAAAGAUCCACUGGUCUGCAUUACAAACCCUUUCAGGUGCCAUGGUUGUAGGCUAAAUGUGAAGGAGCAUUUGCAGCACAAUGUCUGCCCUGCUGAUUGCCAUCUCCGUAUUUCUCAUCUUGGCAGUUGUAUUCAUUUUGAUCUUUAGAUGGUUUGCUUGCAGUUUGGCUGUCCGUUUUUUCCAUGAUGUCCUGAAUGCAGAGCUCAAGAUCAGAUCUGUGGGUCUUUUCUCAGUGCGAGGAAUCAGUGUUCAGUUUCAGCCUCAACACACUCUGGAAAUUGACAGGAUAUGGAUUUCUUGCAAAAUACUUAACCCGGACUUGCCGAGGUUUUUGGCGUUGUGUGUGGGUGAGGCUCGGGUCCGCUUUGACCUACAGGAGCCAUUUAGGCCCCGGGCUCCUAAAAGCAAUGAGCAGAAUUCCAAAAUACCUCCUCUGAGUCCCUCUACCCUGCACCUCCUCUCUCAGGUAAUCAACCUGACUGUUGUUUUGGAGAAUCCCAGGUUCAGUACAAGUUAA